GAACUGGGAGAUUGUGACCUGAGCCAAAACCGAGAGUCAGAUGCUCAACAGAGAGAGCCACCCAGGUGCCCCCCCCCUUUUUUUAAGUGAAUCUUUUCACUGUUCUGAAGGCUGACUUCAGUGUUUUCUUUCUUGUCCCUCUCCCCCAUCCAGGAUCUCCCUCAUGAGACUAAAAAGCACAUAACUAACGAGAGGUCUCCAAGUUGUCCUUGGACACAUGCACCUCAUGCCAUGCUGUGCCCAUGACAAAUCCAGUGGGUUGAUUUACUCAGCAAAGAAAAGAAUUUCAACUCACUUCAAGUGAAUUCUCUUUGUAAUUUCAAGUUUCCAGGCCUGUAAAUGAUAAAGGACCAAACCAACUCUAGAUUGUGACAGUCCCUGUGGAGUACAGCCACCCUGCGUGGCCUCCUGUGGAAGAGACCCCGCUAGCUCCCCGUUGACAUUUCCUUGGCUGUAACUCCUUAUGUAUUCUUCCAAAGCCAAAUUGGUAAUAUUCUUUUCCAGGCAUAUAUCCCAGUUGGCUUGGAAGAAUAGUGGAGUUAUUCUUUGGAGAUGUGGAUUUGAAGAAAGUUCUUUUCGAUAGUCUGUUAAGUUGUUAAAAUGAUGCUGAGAGGUCUGUCUCCCUUUGUGCCUGUCUCAUGCACCCUCCCUGUACAACUCAAACUCACGGAAGGCAAACAGCACCAAACUCUUGAGCUAGAAAAACCUAGCCUUCCAGGAGAUCAUGAGCAAGCCUCCUAACCUCUUUCGGUAAAUGUUAUUUUCCAUGUGAGCAAUCUGGAAGUAAAACUCCUGCCCCGUCUCAUGAGAUUUAAUAAAAUACAUAAUGGGAUUCGUAUACGCUGAAGUGCUUGAAUGGAAUUAGCAGGUGCCGUAAGUAAAAUGAGUUUCGAGCACUGCUCAGCUCUUCUUUACUUACAGAACUCCGUUCUCGCCUUGCGAGCCUGAUCCCUGAUCCCAGACCCCCGAACGUGCAGUCCGUGCCCCCGGUCCCCUCGGAGAAGGCCCUACAAUCUCCGACCAGCCACACCCUUUCCGGCUUCAGUACCUUCCCCGGCGCGGCCCUCCCAACCCAGUCAAGCGCUCCACAAAAGCAGAAGAGAAGGAAAUACUUUUAUUUCAGCGAAAGAAUAGACCGGGACGGGCUGCGCACCACGGGCAAACCGCUCACGGGAGGCGACGACAAAGAAAGCGCUCUCGCGCUCAGCCCAGCGGGACCGGCCCUGUCCGCCGGCCGUGCGCCCUCCCCGCGCCGGGACCCCGGAUCCCUGAGCCGUCAGGGACACCACUCGAGCGGAGAGGGCCGUGAGGCGGAAAGGGGGGUGCGCACCCCGAUGGGAGCGGACAGGACGCGGGCCCCCCACUCCACGCCCCCGCGGCCCCGGACAGCCGUUACCCGACUUCCGCCCGCGUCCUCCCGGUGGCCGACUUCCGGCGCGCUGCGUGACGUCAUUGCGGCCGGCUUCCGGCGCGCUGACUUGUGUUCGGCGCUGCCAUGUGUCGCUGGCGACAGGAGGCUGCCGGGGGGCCUGGGCAUCCGAGGCCAUCGCGGGUACCCGGCGGCGCUCGCGCCCUGCUAAGGCCAGAGGAGGAUCGGCCGUGGGGGCAGCGCCGCGGGGAUGGGGUCGCGGCCGGGGGCGGCGUCCCGGCGCCGGCUGACCGCGUGUCCUCCUCGCGGCGCUGUCUCGGGGAAGUGACGCCGCUCACGCCGCUGCUCCCCGGCCGACGGCGCCCGCCACCCCGCUUUCACCGGAAGCCCUUGGCGGAAUCCGCCGAGUGUGCUCGGGGGGUCUCGGCCCGCCGUUCCGGAGACUGAUCGCAGCUGGGGAGUACUUGCCGGGAAGACUGGCAGGAGGGCAGCUCUGGAUGCCAGACCCAGAGGGAGGAGUGGAAUCUGGAAGCGGGUUGAGGCUUUCAGCAGACUUGGGAUCUGCCUCUUCAGUCCACGUGCAGACGCUGACCACACCGGCCUCGAGGACACACUCAGUCUCAUGUUUCUGCGGUCCUGUGAGCAAGGCAUUGACUGAACUCUGGCCCAUCUUCAGAUGUUCAAAUAGCAGCCAGCUUUGGGACAUACAAGGGAGUGCCUCCCUCUGGGGCAGAGAGCAGCAUGCUUGAAACUGGCGGGCCACUUUGUCACCCUGCCCAGCACAUGACAGUACUGUCCGCGGUCCCCCAGUGUGUCAGCCACCGCAAUCCCAAGACGCAAGAGCCCUGAGAGAUGGCCUCGGUGGCUGCCAAGCCAUUCCUGGCAUCUGCAGUGGUUUGGAUGCCGCUGCGCUGUCUGCUUCCAAAACAAGGCUCGUCACUGUCAUUGUCACCCCGGCCCCUCUGACAGCUCCUGUGUGGGAAGAUGAGGAUAGUUAAUAAAAUCUUUUCAGUGUGUGGUUCAGCCCGGAGGGGUCUCCUUUCUUGUCACUCCUGUCUUUGCAAAUGGCUGUGUAGGUGAUGGGGCGCCAGCCCCCUACCAUCAGGAGCUUUACCUGGAGCCUCAGAGCAGCCUCUGCUGCCUUGACGGAUUUCCUUCCCCUCUAGUCCUCACCAGCGCGGUGAGACCUGGGUGUGGGGCACAUCUUCACACCUGCACACACAUGCAGGUGGCCAGGCCCAUGUGUGGGCUGACACUCAGUGUGAGCGAUGCACACGCAGUUGACUUGUUGGAAAACUGACGCCGGCCCUCUGGUGGACUACACCUGCCCACUCCCAGGUUUAGGGGUUUAUUUAGCUCAUGUUGGUGAGGCUGUUGGCAAGGAAUGUCAGCAGGCCCGGCUUGCAUCAGAAAACAUGUGCGGUCAUGCAUGCGGUCAGUCUGUUAACUGAUAGUGUGAAUGCACAGUGCCCACAGGUGUAACUCCAGGCCACACCAGAAGUGUACUUUCUGGGAGGAAACCCCCGGGGUGGAGGGGGAAGAGUGGGCGGUGGCUGACAAGGUGCCCUCCCUGGUGGGGCCUUCCCUGCAGCAGCCUGCGGUUCGGUACGCCCUCCCCAGUCAGGAAGGUCGGGGCCACCUGGCCCGGGUGCCUCCCGCCAGCAGGAUGGAUGAGGAAGGCCCUGACUGCGGCAAAGCCGACUUUGUGCUUUUGGACCAAGUGACCAUGGAGGACUUCAUGGAAAACCUAAAGCUCAGGUUCGAGAAGGGCCGCAUCUACACCUACAUCGGCGAGGUGCUGGUGUCCGUGAACCCCUACCAGGAGCUGCCCCUGUACGGGCCUGAGGCCAUCGCCAAGUACCAGGGCCGUGAGCUCUAUGAGCGGCCGCCCCACCUCUACGCUGUGGCCAACGCCGCCUACAGGGCAAUGAAGCGGCGGUCCAGGGACACCUGCAUUGUUAUCUCAGGGGAGAGUGGGGCAGGGAAGACAGAGGCCAGCAAGCACAUCAUGCAGUACAUCGCUGCCGUCACCAACCCCAGCCAGAGGGCAGAAGUGGAGAGGGUCAAGGAUGUGCUGCUCAAGUCCACGUGCGUGCUGGAGGCCUUCGGGAACGCACGCACCAACCGAAACAACAACUCCAGCCGCUUUGGCAAGUACAUGGACAUCAACUUCGACUUCAAAGGAGAUCCUGUCGGGGGGCACAUCCAUAGCUACCUGCUGGAGAAGUCUCGGGUCCUCAAGCAGCACGUGGGCGAACGGAACUUCCACGCCUUCUACCAGGUCCUGCGGGGCUGUGAGGACUCACAGCUGGAAGACUUGCACCUGCAGAGGAACCCCGCCCUGUACAGCUUCACCCGGCAGGGAGCAGGGCUCAAUCCCUUGGACAGUGACGAGAGGAGCCACCACCAGGCAGUGAUGGAAGCCAUGCGGGUGAUCGGCUUCAGUCCCGAGGAGGUGGACUCCGUGCGCCGGAUCCUGGCCGCCAUUCUGCACCUGGGAAACAUCGAGUUUGUGGAGAUGGAGGAGGGCGGGCUGGAGCAGGGGCAUGUGGCCGUGGCCGAGGAGGUGUUGGUGGACCACGUGGCCGAGCUGACGGCAACGCCCCGGGAGUCGGUGAUGCGCUGCCUCUUGUCUCGCACUGUGGCCUCAGGAGGCAGGGAGCUCAUUGAGAAGGGGCACACGGCUGCAGAGGCCAGCUAUGCCCGGGACGCUUGUGCCAAGGCAGUGUACCAGCGGCUGUUUGAGUGGGUGGUGAACCGGAUCAACUGUGUCAUGGAACCCCGCAGCCGGGACCCCCGGCGUGACGGCAAGGACACAGUUAUCGGCGUGCUGGACAUCUAUGGCUUCGAAGUGUUCCCUGUGAACAGCUUCGAGCAGUUCUGCAUCAACUAUUGCAACGAGAAGCUGCAGCAACUGUUCAUCCAGCUUAUCCUGAAGCAGGAGCAGGAAGAGUACGAGCGGGAGGGCAUUGCCUGGCAGAGCGUGGACUACUUCAACAACGCCACCAUCGUGGACCUGGUGGAGCGGCCCCACCGUGGCGUGCUGGCCAUGCUGGAUGAGGCCUGCAGUGCCGCGGGCACCAUCACUGACCGGAUCUUCCUGCAGAGCCUGGACACGCACCACCGCCACCAUGCACACUACACCAGCCGCCAGCUCUGCCCCACAGACAAGACCAUGGAGUUUGGCCGAGACUUCCGGAUCAAGCACUAUGCAGGGGAUGUCACGUACUCAGUGGAGGGCUUCAUCGACAAGAACAGGGACCACCUGUUCCAGGACUUCAAGCGGCUGCUGUACAACAGCUCAGACCCCACCCUGCGGGCCAUGUGGCCAGACGGGCAGCAGGACAUCACAGAGGUGACCAAGCGCCCCCUGACAGCCGGCACCCUCUUCAAGAACUCCAUGGUGGCCCUGGUGGAAAACCUGGCCUCCAAGGAGCCUUUCUACGUCCGCUGCAUCAAGCCCAAUGAGGACAAGGUGGCCGCAAAGCUGGACGAGGGCCACUGUCGCCACCAGGUCGAGUACCUGGGGUUGCUGGAGAAUGUGCAUGUCCGGAGGGCCGGCUUUGCUUCCCGCCAGCCCUACCCUCGGUUCCUGCUCAGGUACAAGAUGACCUGUGAGUAUACGUGGCCCAACCACCUCCUGGGCUCCGACAGGGCAGCCGCGAGUGCCCUCCUGGAGCAGCACGGGCUGCAGGGCGAUGUGGCCUUUGGCCACACCAAGCUCUUCAUCCGCUCACCCCAGACUUUGGUCACACUGGAGCAGAGCCGCGCGCGCCUCAUUCCCAUCAUCGUGCUGCUGCUGCAGAAGGCAUGGCGCGGCACGUUGGCCAGGUGGCGCUGCCGGCGUCUCCGGGCCGUCUACACCAUCAUGCGCUGGUUCCGGAAGCACAAAGUGCGCGCUCACCUGGCGGAGCUGCACAGGCGAUUCCAGGCCGCGAGGCAGCCCCCCUUGUACGGCCGGGACCUGGUCUGGCCGACGCCCCCUGCUGUGCUGCAGCCCUUCCAGGACACCUGCCGGUUGCUGUUCUGCAGGUGGCGGGCCCGGCAGCUGGUGAAGAACAUCCCACCUUCAGACAUGGCCCAGAUCAAGGCCAAGGUGGCUGCCAUGGGGAUCCUGCAAGAGCUGCGGCAGGACUGGGGCUGCCGGCGGGCCUGGGCCCGGGACUACUUGUCCUCUGCCACCGACAACCCCACAGCCUCUGGCCUGUUCGCCCAGCGACUGAACGCUCUCCGCGAGAAGGACGGCUUUGGGACUGUGCUCUUCUCCAGCCACGUCCGUAAGGUGAAUCGCUUCAACAAGAGACAGGACCGGGCGCUCCUGCUCACUGACCGGCACCUUUACAAGCUGGACCCGGGCCGUCAGUACCGGGUGAUGCGGACCGUGCCCCUGGCCUUGGUGACCGGGCUGAGCGUGACCAGUGGGCGGGACCAGCUGGUGGUGCUGCACGCGCGGGGCCAGGACGACCUAGUCGUGUGUCUGCACCGCUCCCAGCCGCCGCUGGACAACCGCGUCGGGGAGCUGGUGGGGGUGCUGGCGGCGCACUGCCAGGGGGAGGGGUGCGCCCUGGAGGUCCGCGUCUCCGACUGCAUCCCGCUGAGCCAGCGCGGGGCCCGGCGCCUCGUGUCAGUGGAGCCGAAGCCUGAGCAGCCGGAGCCAGAUUUCCGCUGCAGCCGCGGGGCCUACACCCUCCUCUGGCCGAGCCGCUGA